AUGUCGUCCUCUACAGAGCUGGUCGUCCUCGUCACGGCCGGGUCAGCAGGACUGGGUGCCGCGGCCGCGCGACUGUUUGCGCGCAACGGCUACCAUGUGAUUGUCAACUAUGCGAACAACAAGGCGCGGGCAGACGCGCUGCUGGCCGAGCUCAACGGCACCGACGGCCAGAAGACGCACGUUGCCAUCCAGGCGGACCUGACGUCGCGCACAGCCGUCGAGCGGCUGGCUCGAGAGGCACAGGCGGCCUUUGGCCGUCUGGACGUCGUCUUCUCCAACGGUGGCUGGACUGAGUUCCGCGACACCACCCGGCUCAGCGACAACGUCUUUGAUGAGGACUGGGACCGCGCGUUUGUCAUGAACGUCAAGUCGCACAUCUGGCUGCUGCACGCCGCCGAAGCAGCCCUGGCCGAGCACGAGGGCGCCUUCAUCACGACCGCGUCCAUGGCCGGUGUCAGCGGCAUGGGCAGCUCGUUGGCCUACGCAGCCUGCAAGGCCGCCCAGAUCCAUAUGAUCAAGGGGCUGGCCUGCAUGGUCGGGCCCAACAUUCGCGUCAACACGGUGUCGCCGUCGAUGUUGGAGACCGAGUGGGCCGAGCGCUUCUCGCCAGCCCAGAAGAAGGGCUUGCUCGAGAAGAGCAAGCUGAAUCGCUUCGUCACAGUAAAUGACGUGGCCGACCAGGUCUUGGGACUGGCUAGAAACAGGAGCAUGACAGGGGUUAACGUGAUAUUAGACGCCGGCAUCGGCUUGUAG